AUGACGGACGUUGAAGGCUUCCAAGCCAAGAGCAAGGGGAAGAUCUUCCCGGACAUGGGCGAGUCCUUUUUUUCAUCAGACGAGGAUUCUCCAGCCACUGAUGCAGAGAUCGAUGAGAACUACAACGAUGGUAAGGAAACGCUGGAUGGAGGUGAUGAGGAAAGGGACACCGGUGUCAUGGUGACAGGUCUGAAAAAGCCACGGAAGAAGACCAAGAGCAGGCAUGCGGCGACGGAUUCUUCCAUGAACCAAAUGGACGCUAAGGACAAGGCGCUUUUGCAAGAUACUAAUAGCGACAUACCGGCAGAUUUCGUUCCAGAUUCCGUCUCAGGGAUGUUCAGAAGCCAUGAUUUUAGUUACCUGCGGUUGAGGCCAGAUCAUGCUUCGAGACCCCUUUGGAUUUCACCAAAUGAUGGUAGAAUAAUCCUGGAAAGUUUCUCUCCAUUGGCUGAACAGGCUCAGGACUUCUUGGUCACUAUUGCAGAACCCAUAAGUAGGCCUUCCCAUAUUCACGAAUACAAGAUCACCGCAUAUUCUUUGUAUGCAGCCGUUUCUGUGGGGUUAGAAACAGAGGAUAUCAUCUCAGUCCUCGAUAGACUAUCUAAAGUACCCGUUGCGGAAUCUAUAAUCAAUUUCAUCAAGGGGGCCACCAUUUCGUAUGGUAAAGUGAAAUUGGUCAUCAAGCACAACAGAUAUUUCGUGGAAACUACCCAGGCGGAUAUUUUACAAAUGCUGUUGAAUGAUUCCGUGAUCGGGCCCUUGAGGAUAGAUAGUGACCAUCAGGUACAGCUAGCCGACGAGACACUGCAGCAGGAGCUUCAACAGUCGGCUGGAAAAUCGGCAGUCACUGUUAAUCCAAACGAUGUGGAGGCCGUGUUUAGUGCCGUUAUUGGUGGCGAUAAUGAGCGCGACGAUGACGAUGAUGAUAUUGACGCGGUCCACUCUUUUGAAAUUGCAAAUGAGUCCGUGGAAGUCGUAAAGAAAAGAUGUCAAGAGAUCGAUUAUCCCGUCUUGGAAGAAUAUGAUUUCAGGAAUGAUCAUAGAAAUCCAGAUUUAGACAUCGAUCUGAAACCUUCCACUCAAAUCAGACCCUAUCAGGAGAAAUCACUGAGUAAAAUGUUCGGUAAUGGCCGUGCUCGUUCAGGGAUCAUCGUUUUACCAUGUGGUGCAGGUAAGACUUUGGUUGGUAUUACUGCCGCCUGUACCAUCAAAAAAUCGGUAAUUGUCCUGUGUACCUCAUCAGUGUCUGUCAUGCAAUGGAGACAGCAAUUUUUACAAUGGUGUACCCUACAGCCCGAAAAUUGUGCUGUUUUCACCUCUGAUAAUAAAGAGAUGUUUCAAACAGAAUCUGGUUUAGUUGUGUCCACUUAUUCAAUGGUGGCGAACACAAGAAAUAGAUCCCAUGAUUCCCAAAAAGUCAUGGAUUUUUUAACUGGCAGAGAAUGGGGGUUCAUUAUUCUUGAUGAAGUUCAUGUUGUGCCUGCGGCAAUGUUCCGUAGAGUGGUCUCCACCAUUGCGGCACAUGCUAAAUUGGGGCUAACGGCAACUUUGGUCAGAGAAGAUGAUAAAAUUGGUGAUCUGAAUUUCUUGAUUGGUCCAAAACUUUAUGAAGCAAAUUGGAUGGAACUCUCCCAAAAGGGCCAUAUUGCAAACGUCCAAUGUGCAGAAGUUUGGUGUCCCAUGACGGCAGAAUUUUACCAAGAAUAUCUAAGAGAAACUGCUAGAAAAAGAAUGUUGUUAUAUAUCAUGAACCCUACCAAAUUUCAAGCAUGCCAAUUCCUAAUUCAAUAUCAUGAAAGAAGAGGUGAUAAGAUCAUUGUUUUUUCUGAUAAUGUCUAUGCUUUACAAGAAUACGCUUUGAAGAUGGGGAAACCGUUUAUUUACGGAUCCACAUCACAACAAGAACGUAUGAACAUUUUACAAAAUUUUCAAUAUAAUGACCAAAUCAAUACCAUUUUUCUAUCAAAAGUCGGUGACACUUCCAUUGAUUUACCGGAAGCUACAUGUUUAAUCCAAAUUUCAUCACACUAUGGCUCUCGUCGGCAAGAAGCUCAGAGACUGGGGAGAAUUUUAAGAGCAAAAAGACGUAACGACCAAGGGUUCAAUGCAUUUUUUUAUUCCCUGGUCUCCAAGGACACUCAAGAAAUGUAUUAUUCCACAAAGAGACAAGCUUUUCUGGUGGAUCAAGGUUACGCAUUUAAAGUCAUUACACAUUUACAUGGAAUGGAAAACAUUCCAAACUUAGCAUACGCCUCACCAAGGGAACGUAGGGAAUUACUGCAAGAAGUUCUGUUGAAAAAUGAGGAAGCUGCAGGCAUUGAAGUUGGUGACGACGCUGAAAAUUCCGUUGGGAGAGGCUCAAACGGUCACAAAAGAUUUAAAUCGAAGGCCGUUAGGGGCGAAGGUUCCUUGGCCGGUCUUGCUGGUGGUGAAGAUAUGGCAUAUAUGGAGUAUACAACCAAUAAAAACAAAGAGCUGAAGGAACAUCAUCCACUGAUAAGAAAAAUGUAUUAUAAAAAUUUAAAGAAGUGA